AUGGAGCUGGAGCGUUCGGCGUCCGGCGAAGUGAGCGUGAGCCAGGCCAUUCAGCCCGCGCACGCCAACCUCCGCGGAGAGCUGAGCGCCGCUCAGCUGCUCAAGUGGAUCGACGCUGCCGCCUGCCUGGCGGCUGAAAAACAUGCUGGGGUUUCCUGUGUUACAGCCUCAGUGGAUGACAUACAAUUUGAGGAGACAGCUAGAGUUGGACAAGUUAUAACCAUCAAAGCGAAAGUUACUAGAGCGUUCAGCACAAGCAUGGAGAUCAGCAUCAAGGUCACAGUACAGGACAUGUUCACUGGCAGUGAGAAACUUGUUAGUGUGGCUUUCUCUACGUUUGUAGCCAAACCAGUUGGAAAAGAAAAGAUUCAUUUAAAACCAGUCACACUUCUAACUGAACAAGAUCAUGUGGAACACAAUCUGGCUUCUGAGAGAAGGAAAGUUCGAUUACAACAUGAAGAUACUUUUAAAAACUUGAUGAAGGAAAGUGGCAAGUUUGAUGAUCCUACUUGUGAUGAAGAAGAAGGAACGGUUUCCACGAAGGUCACCUCUGUGCAGAGCAUUGAACUUGUCCUCCCACCCCAUGCAAACCAUCAUGGAAAUACAUUUGGUGGCCAGAUCAUGGCUUGGAUGGAGACGGUGGCUACUAUUUCUGCAAGCCGCCUGUGUCGAGCGCAUCCCCUUCUGAAGUCCGUGGACAUGUUUAAGUUCCGGGGACCAUCUACAGUUGGAGAUCGUCUUGUCUUCAAUGCCAUUGUCAACAAUACAUUUCAGACCUGUGUCGAAGUGGGAGUGCGCGUGGAGGCCUUUGACUGCCAGGAGUGGUCUGGGGGCCAGGGCCGUCAUAUCAACAGUGCGUUUCUCAUUUAUAAUGCUGUCGAUGAUAAGGAAGAACUGAUCACAUUUCCCAGAAUCAAACCGAUGUCAAAGGAUGAUUUUAGACGGUAUCGUGGAGCUCUUGCACGCAAGAGAAUUCGCCUAGGCAGAAAAUACAUUAUUUCCCACAAAGGAGAGGUUCCACUUCGCAUACACUGGGAUACUGGCAAUCAGGUAUCCUUGAGUAAUGGCAAUGUGGAGGCUCUCAAAAGCCUGGCGGCCAAAAGUGGUUGGGAGGUUACCAGUGCUGUGGAAAAGAUAAAAAUAUAUACUCUGGAAGAGCACAAUAUUUUAUCUGUUUGUGUUGAAAAGCAUGUGGAAAGACCAGCACACUUGGCUUAUCAUCUCUUGUCUGACUUUACCAAGCGGCCUUUGUGGGACCCCCAUUACAUGUCCUGUGAAGUCAUAGACUGGGUAAGUGAAGAUGAUCAGAUAUAUUAUAUCACUUGUCCUGUGGUGAAUGAUGACAAACCCAAAGACUUGGUAGUACUUGUUUCACGAAGAAGGCCUCUCAAAGAUGGUCACACUUACACGGUGGCAGUGAGGUCAGUUAUUCUGCCAUCAGUUCCACCCUCUCCACAGUACGUCAGAAGUGAAAUCAUAAGUGCCGGAUUUCUCAUCCGUGCUAUUGACAGCAGUUCAUGUACCGUAUCUUACUUUAACCAGAUUUCUGCUAGCAUCCUUCCUUACUUUGCUGGAAAUCUUGGUGGCUGGUCAAAAUCCAUUGAAGAGACAGCAGCCUCCUGUAUACAAUUCAUAGAGAACACUACUGAUGAUGGGUUGAUAAGCAUAUUUUAA